CCCCGUGUGUGAUGAAGCUGUUGUAAAGAUGGCGGACUUCCUGCCGUCCCGCUCCGUGCUGUCGGUGUUUUUCCCGAACUGUCUCCUGACCAGCGGGGAGGCCGAACAGCUACGGAAGUCCCGGGAGAUCGAUAAGUGCAUCAACCGCGACAAGACGUACGUGAAGCGGCUGGUGAAGAUCCUCCUGCUCGGGGCGGGAGAGAGCGGAAAGUCCACCUUCCUGAAGCAGAUGCGGAUCAUCCACGGACAGGACUUCGACCAGAAGGCCAAGGAGGACUUCAGAGCCACGAUCUUCAGCAACGUUAUUAAAGGUAUCCGAGUGUUGGUGGAUGCUCGUGAGAAGCUUCACAUCUCCUGGGGGAACCCAUCCAACCAACGACACGGAGACACCAUGAUGGCAUUCGACACCCGUUCAGCGAUGGCUCAUGGUCACGGUAUGGUGGAGCCCAAAGUCUUUCAGCACUACCUGCCAUCCAUCCGGGCGCUGUGGGCCGACCAGGGCAUCCAGAGCGCCUACGAUCGCCGCAGGGAGUUCCAGCUGGGGGAGUCAGUGAAGUAUUUCCUGGACAAUUUGGAAAAGCUUGGCCAGUCGGACUACCUUCCCAGCCAGCAGGACAUCCUUCUGGCCAGAAAGCCCACUAAAGGCAUCCACGAGUACAACUUUGAGAUUAAGAAUGUGCCCUUCAAAAUGGUGGAUGUGGGUGGUCAGCGCUCUGAGAGACGACGCUGGUUCGAAUGCUUCGACUCCGUCACCUCCAUCCUCUUCCUCGUCUCCUCGUCUGAAUACGACCAGGUUCUGAUGGAGGACCGACAGACCAACCGGCUCAGCGAGUCCCUCAACAUCUUCGAGACCAUUGUCAACAACCGGGUGUUUAGCAACGUCUCCAUCAUCCUGUUCCUCAACAAGACAGACCUCCUGGAGGAGAAGGUCAAGCAGGUAUCCAUCAAAGACUAUUUUCCUGAGUUCUCAGGUGACCCAACCAGCCUGGCAGACGUCCAGCGCUUCCUGGUUGAAUGCUUUCGCAAAAAGCGCCGCGAGCAGCAGCAGAAGCCACUGUACCACCACUUCACCACGGCCAUUAACACUGAGAACAUCCGGCUGGUGUUCCGGGACGUCAAAGACACCAUUUUGCACGACAAUCUCAAGCAGCUGAUGCUGCAGUGAGGGAACUGAUCGGGAGGAGGGCAAUGGAAAGUUGUUCCACGGUGCCUUUUCCUAAGCAGAGUGGCGUUCCCCUCCUCAUUGACUGUAAUCAGCACCACUACUACCCUCCACGCUUGCUCUCUGCCUUACUGUUCACUGUGACUUUAAACAGACUUCUGCUGAGAGCUCCGGUCUCCUGACCUUCAAACCACUGUAAAUGACCUCUAACCCCACUCUUCUUCUGUGGUGUUCCCUCCCAUGUGUUGGUCUGGUUGCCUUCUUUCCUCUGCUGCUCGGAGUCUUUCUAGGUUUUAAAGCCGUCAGCAGCUGUUUCCAGGUGUUCCUUCUGUCCAGAACCUGCUUAGUUUUGUCUUCUGUUCUACACCUGCUCUCCACUGACGCUUGGUGAUGACAUCACUGGGUUGGGUGGGGUUAAUUCCUGUGAACAGGUGGACCAGGGCUAACUCAGACACACAUAGGAACACUUAUUGCAGAUUCCCGUUGAGUUUUCUAAUGCUGCGUUUCUUUUUUUUAAUCUGCUUCUCACUGACUGUUACUUAUUUAAAGAGGUGGUAUGGAUGGACCACUAGCGCCAUGUUAACAGGCUACUGCAGGACGCCAUGCUAACAGGCUACUGCAGGGCACCAUGCUAACAGGCUACUGCAGGGCACCAUGCUAACAGGCUACUGCAGGGCGACACCUUGUACUCUCUCUUUCUCUGUUUCUCAGGGCACGUUAUGAACCACUUCUAGACGAUUUGAAGCCAUUGAGUCCAGCAACAGAUCUGUGGUUUGUUGUUCUGAAAGAUGCUUCCAAAGCAGAACUCCAUCCAUCUUCAACCUGGAGCAUGUCUGACUAUCCGGGUCUGGACAAAAAGACCUCCUAAUUGCAUUUACACCUGGAAUUAAUGUAGUUUCUAUGCAUGCUGUCUGGUCUGUACAGCUGGUACUAAGAUACCCGAUCAGACCUCCAGGUUUACAUCAGUAAAGUGGAGAUAUUUGGCCUUUUGACUGUUGCUCAGAGAAAACCAGACAUUUGAGGAUGUCACCGUGGAUUCUGAGGGUUUCAUCACAGAUGUUUGCUAACAGUUUAAGUUUCAUUGACCAAACAGUUGGUGAUUUAAGAACAUAAUUGGCAUGUUAGUUUCCGGUGAAAAUGGUUAAUUAGUGAUGUCAGUAUGCAGGUGUAUUCAAAGUGCCCUUUACACAACUCUGAACCAAAGACUUCCAGGUCAGAGAUCAGCUGUUGAGGCCCAUCCACUGGUGGUUGGAUGGUUGAAGGUCUCCAGAGCUUCCUCAGACCUCAUGAUUCCUGCUGCCAUGUUUCCUGUGUGCCUUUAAACAAACCCAGACAGACCACAUUUAACACCAGGACAUGGGUGCUACAAACACUAGAUCCUAAAUAAACCAGCUGUUGGAGAAGUCAGUCUAUCAGUGCUGAACUCUGUGGAUCUCCAGGAGUCUCAUUGCUUCCAGAUCUUCUGGGGUAAACAGUGAGUCACUACUGGAAGAAUCCUGGAGUUUAAAUGUUUAAAGAAAACCUGAAUGAAGCCCUGACAGAGGUCAAGGUUGAAGAUGGUCAGAUCUCUGCUGGAGCCACAUGGAAACACAUGGUUUAUCUCCACUUCAGCUAAGAAGGUGCAAAAAGCAGUUUUUUUCUUUGCAGUUUUCUUUUUCUUCCUCUGAGUAAAAUUGCCAACUGAAGUGUUGUAUUAUUCAGAUGAUUUUAAUUUUUAAAGGUACCUGUCUCUCCUUCCACACAUCCUAAGUUAAACUAAAGGGAUGGAGCAGCCUGAUGUUCUGAAGAACCUCAGUAGGUCUCCUGGCUGCUCUCUGUAUAAAUCUAUGUACAGUUUGUCCUCUAACGUCUACUAUAUGGUGUUUUCCUCUCAGUACUAACAGCUGCUGGAACUCACUCACUUCCUGUACGAGUCUUUGUUUAAAGCUACAGCUGUUAGCUUCUGGUGUUCUAGGAGAAGUUUCUGCUGCUCAGCUUUCUCCAGAUGAACAUGAGCUCCAAAGUCCUCCAUGUCUGCAUUGCUUCAUGCUAACAUUAGCAGCUAAACAACAGCGUUAGCAUUUUGGUUCAUGCUAACAUUAGCAGCUAAACAACAGAGCUAGCAUUCUGCUUCAUGCUAGCAUUGGCAUCUAAACAACAGAGUUAGCAUUCGGCUUCAUGCUAACAUUAGCUGCUAAACAACAGAGUUAGCAUUCAGCUUCAUGCUAACAUUAGCAUGAAACUGAGUAAAGACUCCUGUUGCUGACAGCAGCGAAUCUCUGAGGAAACUGAACAGAAAAACAGUUUCAGAGACUUUCCUGCUUUAAUCAGUUUUCUAAAUUAGAACCUAGAAAACCUGACAGCAGAAUAAGAAACGAUCUGAUCACCAAAGCUUUACAGUUCUAAAGGCCUCGUUAUCUCCAGAAUGACCCCAUUCAGACCUGAUCAGGAUGUUAGUAUUAUUGUUAUCAGAAAAGAAUUCCUGUUUUGAUCGUUUAAUUCUGACUUUUUGUUCAGUUUCCUGUUUUAAUUAACGCUGUUUCAGAUUUUCAGUGCUUCUUAUAGAAAAGAUGGAAUAAAUGGAGGACAGAGGAGUGCAUCAGUAGUGUAGUCACCGAUCACCUUUUUACUUGACUGUUUAUUUGACUGUUCAUUCAGCAAACAGCUCAGAGUUCUGAGCAACACAUUUAGAAAAAGGUCACAUGAUCAGCAGAGACUAUUUUUAGGUGGAGGGUUUGAGUUUUCUGACAUCUCGGUGUUUGUUCCUCUUCUUCCAGCCUCAGGAUGAAUCAGUCUGAUGCUAGUUCAGGUCUGAGUCUUGUAGCUUUACAGAUUCUGUCCUUUACACCAGCAUGGAUUCUGCUGCCGUCUGAGCGUGAAGCAGUGAAGUCACAUGAUGGCUCUGGUGUUUUCCAACAGUUGAAAAGAGGAAGCUGAGUUUGUCAGACUUGGCAGCAUGAUUCUGUCACACUGAAAGCUUCUGUCUGCUGUUGGACUAAAGCUGAAGCUGCAGAGUCUCUUUGUCUGGACUGGACAAUAAAUCCAUGUCAUCGCUUCAGACCAGAGCAUGAAGUCAGACUGGCCUUUAUGCUGCUGAACAAACUGUUUCAGUUCUACAGCUCAGACUGCAUGUUGUCACCAGGAGCAGAUGUUCUGAUGUUCUGAAUGCUGCUCAGCUCUCUCCAGAGUUUCACAUCACAACUGGACCUUACAUAAAGACGGUUCUCAGUAAUGAACCUUUACUAAACCUCCAGCAGCAUCAGAAGUCCACAGGAGGGGAAGUCUGAGCAGCACUGAGUUCCAGCAGGAAAGUUCAUGAAUUCAUGAUGACCAGCUGUGGAAAACUAAAAGCUGUUACUUUAGUGUUUAGUUAGAAUGAUCAGUUCCUCUGUGAGUGUCCUCCACAAAAUAUACAGGACCUAGACUGAGUAUGAAAAUACAGUUUGGCUCAUAUUGAUGUGUGCAGGUUAGAGUUAAUAGGGUUAGAAUUAGUAGGGUUAGUAGGGUUGGUAGGGUUAGUAGGGUUUGGGUUGGGAUUAAUGGGUUAGGGUUAGCGGGUUAAGAUUAGGGUGGUUUGGGUUAAGGUUAGUAGGGUUAGUGUUAGUAGGGUUAGGAGGUUAGGGUUAGCAGGGUAAGGUUAGGGUGGUUUGGGUUAAGGUUAGUAGGGUUAGUAGGGUUGUUAGGGUUAGCGGGUUAAGGUUAGGGUGGUUUGGGUUAGGGUUAACAGCCACAUUGUUCGCAGCAGAACUGUAUUGAUCAUGUGAGAUCAACGACUGCUGAAGGCAGCUGAGAAACUUCAUAAUAAAGGUAGUCAAGCCUAAUGUUUAAACCUUCCACAAGUCCAAACAUCCACACCAUGGAAAAGAUCAGCUGCUGCUGGUUUCAGUCUGUUAGUAAUGAAGGGAACAAAACUGUCUUAAAGCACAACAGUUAGUUUUAAACCUUUUGGCAAAGUACAGCAGACUUUAUUUUUCAGCACAGAACAGUUCAGUCCAAAAGUCUUCAUAUUGACCAACUAGUUUCUUCUGGCUGGAAAUGACCGUAAAAUUGUUAGAGAUGUCAGCCAUGAUUUAUGCACUUUGUUGUACUUUUUUUUCUAAAAUGACAUUUCAUGGGUCACUGACUGACUAGUAGGGUUAGUAGCCACUGACUAGUAGGGUUAGUCACUGACUAGUAGGGUUAGUAGAGUCACUGACUGACUUGUAGGGUUAGUAGAGUCACUGACUGACUAGUAGGGUUAGUAGUCACUGACUAGCAGGGUUAGUAGAGUCACUGGCUGACUUGUAGGGUUAGUAGAGUCACUGACUCACUAGAAGGGUUAGUAGAGUCACUGACUAGUAGGGUUAGUAGUCACUGACUAGUAGGGUUAGUAGAGUCACUGACUAGUAGGGUUAGUAGUCACUGACUAGUAGGGUUAGUAGUCACUGACUGACUAGUAGGGUUAGUAGUCACUGACUGACUAGUAGGGUUAGUAGUCAGUGACUAGUAGGGUUAGUAGUCACUGACUGACUAGUAGGGUUAGUAGUCACUGACUAGUAGGGUUAGUAGAGUCAUUGCCUAGUAGGGUUAGUAGAGUCACUAGUCCUGUGUUUUUUUAGUCCUAACUAGUAACUGAGUAGAGAAAAACUGCAUCAGCUGUACUUAGUUUAUUAGAACCCAUCAGGCUUUAGGGUUAGAAUAAUGAAGAACAUAUUUAAUACUGUUAUUAAUCUCUAACUGCGUCUGAUUGUUUCCAUUUCCAGCCAGCAGACUCUCAUUGGUCGAAUAUAAACCUCUAAAUCAGGUCUGCUGUAAACGACUCGUAUUUCAGGAUUAAAGGCCUCAUUGAGCUUCUUGUUCAGUCUGAAGGUUUUUAUGAAGUGAAUCUCCAUCAGAGAACAGCGCCCCCUGGUGAUCAGCUGCCCUCCUUUCCCUCCUCCACACAUCCAUCACUGUCUGAAAAUUCACUGUUACAGCGUUGGACAGGUUUCUGUUGGAGUUGUUCUGAAGCCUCCAUCUGUCUCCAGCUCCUCUGAUGGAAGGUCCUAGAUGGAACUUUAGAGUUCUGCUCCAGAAGCUCCUCUGAUGGAAGCUCUGAUCUCCAGAAGCUCCUCUUUCUAAACUCUGCUUUGUUACACUUAUGUGUUACUGUUUUUUUGCACUGCAUCUUUGUGUUGUGUGAACCUGACAUUAAUGUUCUACAUCAAAUAUUUAAUUCUUUAUGAUAGUAGAGAGAAAAGCUUCGUUUUAAAGUGUUUGGUCUGAAGACCCUGACGAGGAAACUGAGUCCAAACUAUGCAACAGCAGUGUUCCUCAGCCAUGACGGUGUUUUAUUGAAUAAUGUUCCUCUGAUGAUGCUCUUAAUGCCGCUGUCUUAUAGAACUGUGUCUUAAAACUACAUCAGUAAAAGAAUCUGCCAAAUAUUCUGAUGUUAGUGCCUCCUUCUGCUCUGCUGUGCAAUCAUCUUCAACAGUUCGAGGCCACAAAAAGUCUUCAAGUCGUUCACAUGAAACGUUUCUCUUCCUGUACAGUCUAACUUCUACUCAAUAAAUCCAGCUGUUUUCUAA